CCCUAUUCGGCAUGUUUGUAUGCCAUGUUUGCAUCCAAACCCCAACGUAGGUUUGAUUUAACGAUGACGCUCAGUUUCCAUAGAUUACUACUACACAUAUACAAUGACUCUCGAGAACGAGGCAGUAGCCGGGGCGACAAUUGAAUUGCUCGAAUCUCGCCUACGGCGACUCACCUACCUUCUCACAGGCGACGCAAAUUGGACAGGUGUUCCCACCGCACCCGCGAAACCAGCUUCUCUCGAUGACAGUGUCUCGCGUCGUCUUCUCUGCCUAGAGCGAGAGCUCGAGAGACUUAGUCGAAACAUUCCCGCGGUGCGGGAUGUACUUCUUCUCCAUGAUCGCUUCCCCGACCUCUUUCGCCCAACACCACCGCAAACCCUCCCCGAGAACUUGACAACCCAGAAUCUCGCCUCAAUUGUGUUAUCGUAUGCUUCCGCAUUUCCAGAGACCGCCUCGCGACUCACGUCAUUGAACGAUCUGCCGAUCCCGGAUACGCAGACAUCGGCCUCCCUCAUCCAGCUUCAGCCGCGAUUGGAUCAAUUGGCGCAGGUGCAGGAGGAACAAGCGAAGCAGAUCUCAGAACUACGUGUACGGACAGCGCGAGCUUUACAGCGGUGGUAUGAGGUUGCUUUGGUUGGGGGUGGCGAAUGCUGGGCGGAAUGGGAAGGGCGCCUUGAGGAUGUUGAGCGGGAAGUGAAAAGGGAGGAAGUGAUGAGGCAGCGGAGGGCGAAAGAACUCUGAGCGACUUGAUGAUGAUUUUGGUCUUGUGCGUUACGACUUGUGAUACCUCAUAGCUUACAUUUUUCGUACUUUGGAUCGAUGCAGCACCUAGUUUACUGUCGUGGAUUCUCACGUAAUCUCCGGGAUAUUAGAAAGAACGAAACUAUGACUAUGUGACCAAAA